AUGUCGAAAGUCUUUCCUCGAUGGCAGUUCUUAUCCAACCAUCAAUCUGAUCCUGAUGGAAGGAUUAUUUUCUUAUGGAGACACCUAGCUUCUGUUAAAUUCGUGUCGCAAUCCCGCCAGUCUCUCACCACUGAGGUUACUCUACCUAAUCAUCCCCCUAUUACCAUUACUUCUAUCUAUGCGUCCAACCUAGCUGAGGAAAGGAUUGAUCUUUGGGCUGAGUUGAUAAAUACCCAGCAUCAACUAUCUUUGCAUCUGAAACCUUGGCUUGUAGCGGGAUAUUUUAAUCAAAUCACCCACCCAUCUGAACAUUCAUCUCCUACUGUCCAAGCGCUCUCAUCAAGCAUGAUACACUUCAGAGACACUCUCUUGCAGCUGGGUCUUUUUGAUCUUCGUUACCAGGGUAUCUUCAAUACAUGGUCUAAUAAACAGCCAGUCUCCUUCGUUACCAGGGUAAGAGCUCUGCAGGACCCAACUGCGGUCAACUUUGAAGAGGAGAAAACAUUGCACGAUAAAUGGAUGUUUCUGCAAGGAAUCGAAGAAGCAUACUUCAGACAGCGAUCUCGAAUUAACUGGCUAAAGGAAGGUGACUUCAAAACCUCCUACUUCCACCGUGUGGCCGUAGUUUGCGCUGCCAUUAACACCAUCAGAUCAUUCCUUCUCUCGAAUGGCUCUCUUAUAACUGAUCCGGAAGAAAUGUCGCUCAUCCCAUAUCGAUGCUCACCUGAAGCCUGCUUGUCCUUGUCAUCUAUCCCAGAUGCUCCUACUAUUACAAAAACGAUCCUGAAACUCAAUCCAAACAAGUCGUCAGGUCCAGAUGGGUUGACCUCAGGCUUCUUUAAGGGUUUCAUGUCAUCUGCAGUGAACUCAACAAUCCUCACUAUGGUACCUAAACAUCCAGGAGCUUCGGCAGUUGGAGACUACAUGCCAAUCUCAUGCUGUUCAACUCUAUACAAAGCUGUCUCUAAAAUAUUAGUUUCCAAGCUAAAGCCGCUGCUGCCUGAUCUUAUUCUCCCUAAUCAGACGGCAUUUGUGAAAGGACGGCUUCUGGUGGAGAACACAGUCCCUGCAACAGAGCUGGUAAAUGGAUAUCACAAAUCAGUGGGGCCGAAGAAAGUAGUUAUCAAGGUUGAUAUCGUGAAAGCCUUUGACACUAUCAGCUGGACCUUUGUGUUAAACUGCUUAUCAGGAAUAGGAGUGCCCCCAUCAUAUAUCAGACUGGUUGAAGCGUCCAUCACUACAACCUCAUUUACCGUGGGCUACAAUGGACAAGUUCAUGGCUAUUUCAAAGGGAAGAGAGGCCUCCGUCAAGGAGACCCUCUCAGUCCGUACCUUUUUGUAAUAGCUAUGAACUGCCUCUCUAUGUUUCUGGACAAGGGAGCUGAAGAAGGAAGGUUCAGUUAUCAUGAUAAAUGCGCUCCUACAAAAUUAAUGCAUCUGUGCUUCUCUAGCGACUUGCUUAUCUUCACAGAUGGAGCUGAAAUCUCGGUUAAAGGAGUCCUGGAGAUCCUCGAACAGUUCAAGUCUAAAUCAGGACUAGCAGUAAGCAUCCAGAAAACAGCAUUUUACUCCUCUGGCCUUUCAUCCCAUGAGAUAAACAUGAUCAGUUCUUCUACUGGCCUAACUCAUGGUUCCCUACCUAUCUGUUACCUAGGUGUCCCACUAAACUCUAAAAAACUUUCCCUACUUAACUGUGAACCCCUUCUAAACCAAGUAAAGAGUAAGGUUAAUACCUGGAGCGCCCAGUCACUCUCGUUUGCAGGGAGACUACUUCUGGUGAACACGGUCAUUGCAGUGCUUGAUGGGUCAUUAAGCAAUUUCUGGACCAAGAAACCAAGUCAGAAACAUUCUUGGUUGGCUAAUAAGCUACUACGAAUCAGAGACAUUGCCUACCCUGUGGUGAAAGUCAAGCUUGGAAAUGGAGCGAGAACCCGCUUUUGGACAGACAAUUGGAUUCCCUUUGGUAGUCUAGAAGCUUUCCUCUCACCGGUGAUAUCUAGAAGAAUGGGUGUCCCUGCAAAUGCGAUGGUAAAGGACAUCAACGCAAAUGGCAACUGGAAUAUCAGAUCACUGAGAACGGACAAUCUGGUUAUAUUCCAGACUUAUCUCACAGGAAUCUUUCUUACUGAAGAAGAAGACACUUACGAAUGGGAGGUAGACGGGGUGGUCUGGAAAGAUUACAGCACCAGUGCUAUAUACAAACAGCUGAAGCAUCACGCUCCUCUGGUGCCUUGGUUUGAUAUUAUCUGGUAUGUCCAACUAGAGACCGAUUACUCAAUUGGGGGCUCACUACGGAUCCUGCUUGUUUACUCUGCAAUGCUGCGCCGGAAUCGCACGAUCACCUCUUCUUCUUAUGUCCCUAUAGUUGGGAAAUUUGGUCAGCAACUACAACUAGAUGUCAAGUCAACACACCAAGAGAUUAUCAGAGCACCAUAG